AUCGCGCUGAUCCUCUGUCGCCGAUUCAUUUUUUGGUGCCUUGCCUUUCGCUCUCUCGUAUCCCUCAGCCCUCUUUCGAUAUCCGAUGGCGCCCAGGGCGGAGAAGAAGCCCGCGGAGAAGAAGCCGGCCUCCGAUAAGCCGGCGGAGGAGAAGGAGAAGAAGGCGCCCGCGGAGAAGGCGCCCGCCGAGAAGAAGCCCAAGGCGGAGAAGCGUCUCCCGACGAAGGAGGGCGGAGCCGGCGACAAGAAGAAGAAGAAGAAGGCGAAGAAGGGGAGCGAGACCUACAAGAUCUACAUCUUUAAGGUGUUGAAGCAGGUCCACCCGGACAUCGGGAUCUCGAGCAAGGCCAUGGGCAUCAUGAACUCCUUCAUCAACGACAUCUUCGAGAAGCUCGCCCAGGAGGCUUCCAAGCUCGCCCGAUACAACAAAAAGCCGACCAUCACCUCCCGGGAGAUCCAGACCUCCGUCCGCCUCGUCCUCCCCGGCGAGCUCGCCAAGCACGCCGUCUCCGAGGGCACUAAGGCCGUCACCAAGUUCACCAGCUCUUAAAUUUGUGUUCUAGGGUUAGGGUUUUCGUUUGGUAGUUUCUAGGGUUUGUUCUUGACUAUCUUUUUCUAAGUUCUCUAUUGUGGGUUUGAUGGGCGGUGGUGGAGAGAUGGAUGUAGGUGGUGCUGUAAAUGCUUUAAAAAAAAAGGGCUUUUCGUGUUGAUUUCA